AUGCAAGUCAGCGUCACUGCAGCCAGCAACAGCUCAAAUGGAAGCACAGAAAGUCUGGAUUCCACCCUUGGAACUUGGACAGAAAUAGUGAUCACUUUCACUCCAAGGCUGGAAGAAGAGGAUUGGGGAUCCUUUUACUAUUCUUUUAAGACAGAACAGCUUGCUACCUUGUGGGUCCUUUUUGUUGUGAUAGUUGUUGGGAAUGCAAUUGUUUUGGUCUCCACCUGGAAAAGGAAGAGAAAAUCCAGGAUGACUUUUUUUGUUACUCAACUAGCUAUAACAGAUUGUUUUACAGGACUUAUAAAUAUAAUGACUGAUAUAAUUUGGCGCUUCACUGGAGAUUUCAUGGCCCCUGAUCUUGUUUGCCGAAUUGUUCGGUAUCUGCAGGUUGUACUUUUGUAUGCCUCAACAUAUAUUUUAGUAUCACUAAGCAUAGACAGAUACCAUGCUAUUGUGUAUCCAAUGAAAUUUUUUCAAGGAGAAAGACAGGCAAAAAUUCUCAUUAUCAUUGCCUGGGGCCUCUCUUUCUUGUUUUCAAUUCCCAAUCUCAUCAUCUUUGGGAAACGUCAACUAUCCAAUGGAGAAGUACAGUGUUGGGCUGACUGGCCAGAUGAUUCUUACUGGAUUCCUUACAUGACUACAGUUGCCUUUCUGGUAUAUUUUAUUCCUCUGAUUAUUAUCAGUGUUAUUUAUUUCAUUGUGAUUCGGACAAUAUGGGUUAAGAGUAAAGCCCAUGCUGUAAUUGUAUCUAAUUGUUCUGAUGGUAAAUUCUGUGCAAGCUACACCCAUCGAGGUCUUAUAUCAAAAGCAAAAAUCAAGGCUAUCAAAUACAGUGUCGUAGUUAUUCUUGCAUUUGUGCUCUGCUGGAGUCCUUAUUUUCUCUUUGAUAUUCUGGAUAACUUCAGCAUCCUUCCAGAAACUCAAGAACGCUUCUAUGCAGCGGUGAUUAUUCAGAACCUGCCAGCUUUAAACAGCGCUGUCAACCCCAUUAUCUACUGCAUUUUCAGUGAUACCCUUUCCCAUGCUUUCAGGCAAAGAAGAUCAAGUAAUUUGGGGACUUUCAGAGACAGAACAGAAGGACUGGAAAUGCAGGUUGUAUCCAAACCAGAAUAUAUAUGA